AUGAGGGUUGUGGAGGUUAUUAUAGACGGUUUCAAGUCGUAUGCUGUGAGGACGGUGAUUUCAGGGUGGGACGAGAGUUUCAAUUCAAUUACAGGACUAAAUGGAAGUGGAAAAUCUAACAUUCUCGACUCGAUAUGUUUCGUCCUGGGAAUUACCAACAUGACGACUGUCCGCGCCCAGAACCUUCAGGACCUAAUUUACAAACGCGGACAAGCGGGUGUUACGAAAGCCUCAGUGACGAUCGUUUUCGACAACCGCGACAAGAAAAAGUCGCCGAUAGGAUUCGAAGAGUAUGCGCAGAUUAGCGUGACAAGACAGAUUGUUUUGGGAGGGACAAGUAAAUACCUGAUUAACGGACAUCGAGCGCAGCAACAGACGGUGCAGAAUCUUUUCCAGUCAGUGCAACUCAAUAUCAACAAUCCCAAUUUCCUCAUCAUGCAAGGCCGCAUAACGAAAGUCUUAAACAUGAAGCCGGUGGAGAUACUGGCGAUGAUCGAGGAAGCGGCUGGCACACGUAUGUUUGAGGAUCGCAGAGACAAGGCAUUUAAGACUAUGGCAAAAAAGGAAAUGAAAGUGCAGGAGAUUACAGAAUUGCUACGAGAGGAGAUCGAACCGAAGCUAGAGAAGCUGAGGACCGAGAAACGGGCAUUCUUGGACUUCCAGCAGACGCAGAACGACCUGGAGAGACUAACCAGAGUGGUGGUCGCUCAUGACUACGUCAAGAAUCAAGAGAAACUCACACAGUCUGCUGGUGAUCUUGAAGCAAAGAGGUCUCGCGCAAAAGGGUUGGAAGAUGGCGCCGUAAAACUUAAGACUGAAAUUGAUAACUUAGCUGAGGAUGUCAAGAGAGUGAAGGCACAACGGGACAAGGAGUUGAAAAAAGGCGGCAAAGCACAAGCGCUUGAGGAGGAAGUAAAAAAGUAUUCUCACGAAAUAGUGCGGUUGUCGACAGUGAUAGAUCUGAAAAAAUCAAGUAUGGCUGAGGAGCACGAACGAAAAUCCGCAAUUCAGAAGACAGUAAAGGAACUCGAAGCCUCGUUGAAGCACAAAACCAAAGUUCAUGAGGAGCUGCAAGCGCGUUAUGAUCAAGUCAAAGAAAACUUAGAGAAGCAAAACGCCGAGGCGGAAUCCAAGGAGGAAUUGCUGCAAACUUUGCAGACUGGUGUUGCGUCCAAGGAAGGCCAGGAGAGCGGCUAUCAAGGACAGCUCCAAGACGCCAGGAAUCGAGUCAGUGCGGCGUCCACUGAACAAGAGCAAGCGAAGCUCAAAAUGUCGCACCUAGAGAAACGAAUCAAGGACGAGGAACCACGAGCGAAGAAAGCAAAAGAACAAAACGGGGAUCUUUUAAAAGACCUUGAAGGUCUUCGAUCACAGGCGCAACGGUUUGAAAAGGAAUUGGGCAAGUUAGGAUUCGAGCCCGGGAUGGAAGACGAGAUGUACAAGCAAGAAUCGACACUGCAGCAAACUAUCCGAAAAAUUCGUGAGCAAGCGGACACGCUGAAACGAAAGGUUGCCAACAUUGAUUUCAACUACGCUGAUCCUUCGCCUAAUUUCGACCGAUCGAAGGUAAAGGGUUUGGUGGCCCAGCUUUUCACUCUUGACAAAGACAGAGUCGACGCGGGAACAGCCCUUGAAAUCUGUGCCGGUGGUCGCUUGUAUAAUGUUGUUGUCGAUACUGAAGUUACUGGAACCCAACUUCUACAACACGGCAAACUCCGAAAGCGCGUUACCAUUAUUCCUCUGAACAAGAUAGCGGCGUUCCGCGCAUCUUCCGAGAAAAUAGGCGCUGCGCAGGAAAUUGCUCCCGGAAAAGUCGAUCUGGCCUUAUCCUUAAUCGGAUACGAUGACGAGGUUUCCACAGCCAUGGACUAUGUUUUUGGCAAUACUCUGAUCUGUGCUGAUGCUGCCACUGCAAAAAGGGUCACUUUUGAUCCCAGUGUUCGAAUGAAGAGUAUCACCCUUGAGGGGGACUCCUACGAUCCGUCCGGAACUCUUUCUGGUGGAAGCUCGCCCAAUUCAAGCGGUGUUCUCGUCACCCUUCAAAAACUCAAUGAGCUUACAAGAGAGCUUUCGAGAAAUGAGACGGCUCUUUCGGCACUGCAAAGUAAAAUGGCAAGAGAGAAACAGAAACUUGAUCAAGCGAAGAAAAUCAAACAAGAGUUAGAUCUUAAAUCUCACGAAAUCAAACUGACAGAGGAGCAAAUUGGGAGCAAUUCAUCUUCGUCAAUCAUUCAAGAGGUUGAAAACAUGAAGGGAUCUGUUUUACAGCUUAAGAAAGACUUGGAGGAUGCAAAGAAGCGACAGCUGGAGGCGAACAAGGAUGCUAAGCGAAUCGAGAAGGACAUGAAAGAUUUUGACAACAACAAGGAUGGCAAACUUGUUGAGCUUCAAAAGUCCCUGGAUUCGCUUCGGAAACUUGUGGUUAAGGACUCAGCUUCCGUGAAGGCGGUGCAGAAAGAGCUUCAGGGCGCACGACUUGAUUCGGAACAAGUGGGCAGUGAUCUCGCGGCCGCUCAAGAGCAGCUCCACGACGUUGAGACGACUCUUCAAUCACAAGCCGAAGAAGUAUCAAACUUUACCAGUCAGCGAAAGGAGAUUGAUGACGCUCACGACGUUGCCCAAGCUCAUCUUGAUGACGAGCGAGCAAAGUUAACAGGGUUUGAUGAAGAACUCCAUGCUUUGGAGCGAGCUUCGAGAUCCAAAGCAGCGCGGAUUACCGAAGAGGGCCUCGAGAUGCAAAAGCUCGGUCAUCAGAUCGAUAAAUUCAUCAAGGAACAACAGGCUGCUGUUCAGACUGUCGCUCAUAUGGAAAAUGAGCAUGAAUGGAUAGCAGAUGAGAAAGAUAGCUUUGGAAGAACUGGCACACCGUAUGACUUCAAGGGGCAGAACAUCGCAGAGUGCAAGGCAUCGCUUCGAAAUCUUACAGAGCGAUUCCAAGGCAUGAAGAAAAAGAUCAACCCUAAAGUCAUGAACAUGAUCGACAGUGUCGAAAAGAAAGAGAUUGCUCUUAAAACCAUGAUGAAGACAGUGAUAAGAGACAAGAAGAAGAUUGAAGAGACAAUAGUCUCUUUGGAUGAAUAUAAGAAAAAGGCUCUCCAAGAGACAUGGGAAAAGGUGAAUGGGGAUUUUGGACAGAUCUUUGCGGAGCUACUGCCAGGAAGUUUUUGUAGACUUGACGCACCAGAAGGCAAGACCAUUAACGAAGGUCUAGAAGUCAAGGUUUGUCUGGGGAAGGUUUGGAAGCAAUCUUUAACUGAACUGUCUGGUGGUCAGCGUUCUCUUGUGGCCUUGUCCCUCAUCAUGGCCCUCCUACAAUUCAAACCAGCACCAAUGUACAUUCUCGACGAAGUAGACGCAGCGCUAGAUCUCUCGCAUACGCAAAAUAUCGGUCGCUUGAUCAAGACGCGCUUCAAGGGGUCUCAAUUUAUUGUUGUUAGUCUGAAGGAUGGUAUGUUUCAAAACGCAAACCGAAUCUUCAGAACCCGAUUCAGCGAGGGCACUAGUGUGGUUCAGGCGUUAACAGCAGCGGAUUUCAAAUAA